UGGUGUCAGCCUCUGCUUUGUUCUUCUAGAUGCAGCUGCUCCUCGAAUCUACAAGAGAAAAAAACCCCUAAAUUGCGGCUGAAUCUAGUUUCUUUGUGUAUUACUUUUUACCUCCUAUCACAGCUCCUGAAUCUUUGAUUUGAACCCUAUUUUCUCUCUGAAAUGCGUGCCGCUCCUUCCAACUAGAUGACCUGUGUGAGAUUUGAAUCGAGAUUUCUGUCUCUUUGGAUCUGGUGAUUUCCUUCUCACCAAAUUUGUUACCAAGAACAAACAGAGGCAGAGAGUUUGACGGUAAUGGCGAGCUCUAACCAUCAUAACAGGCUUCCUAUUCGAGAACGGAGGAAGCGAUGGGUUGGGUGUUUAAAAGCAUUGUCUUGUUUUGGUUCAAAAAAAGGAGAGAGACGAAUCGUGCCGGCUUCUCGAAUAACUGAGGGGAAUGUAGCAGCAACUGGUCAAUCAAAUCAAUCUCAGGCACCGGGAUUGAGUAAUCACGCUACAUCUAUGCUUGCUCCACCUUCGUCUCCAGCUUCUUUCUCACAUUCUCCUGCUCCUUCGAUAGCCCAAUCUCCGAAUUGUCUCCUUUCUUUAUCUGCUAACUCGCCUGGAGGUCCUUCAUCUGCAUUAUUUGCAACCGGGCCUUAUGCCCAUGAGACCCAAUUGGUUUCACCACCGGUUUUCUCAACCUAUACCACAGAGCCAUCUACUGCUCCUUUCACUCCUCCUCCUGAGUUAGCACACCUCACCACUCCUUCUUCACCCGAUGUACCUUAUGCUCGGUUCUUGACAUCUGCUGCCGAUCUCAAGAAAACAGAGAAAGCCAAUUAUAUUUCUGCAAACGAUCUUCAUGCAACAUACGCACUGUGUCCUGGCAGUCCUGCAAGCAGUCUCAGAUCUCCAGUCUCAAGGAUCUCAGGCGAUUGUCGAUCCUCAUCUUUUCCUGAGCGCGAGUUCUCACCACAAUGGGAUCCUUUGGCUUCUCCAAGAACCGUCAAAUGUUCAAGGAGUGACUCUAGUUAUGCUCAGACACCUGAAACAAACACUACUCCAAAGGCAUCUCAGGACUCAAAUUUCUUCUGUCCUGACACAUUUGCUCGAUACUAUCUUGACCAUGAUGCUCCGUUUUCUCAUACUGGUGGAAGACUAAGUGUUUCUAAGGAUUCAGAUGUUUAUCCGAAUAGCGGCAACGGUCAAAGCAUUUCUAAGCAAGAUAUGGAAGAGCUAGAAGCAUACAGAGCUUCCUUUGGUUUUAGCGCAGAUGAAGUCAUUACUACAAGCCAAUAUGUGGAGAUCACACAUGUUAACGAUGACUCCUUGAGACCUCGUAGUACCUUGGAUGCAUCAGAAGGUGAAAGGUUAAAUUCAUAUGGCUCUGAGGCGGCUAGCUUGGACCUCGAGUUGUACAACGAUCAUAUGCGGAGAUCAAGCACGCCGGGCAAUGUAGGACAAGAAAAGUCUAGUAGAAAGUACAAGACGGGUCUGUGCAGUUCGGAUGCAGAAAUCGAUUACAGAAGAAGUGGACGAAGCUUCAGGGAAGGCAGAGGAGAUUUUGCGUGGCAUGACUAGAAAACCCUUUUUACUGAUCUGUAGAGUUUAGUUUUUCUUUUGUUCGUUUUGUGGCUUGCCAGAACAAAUUAAGCUUGGGUUCUGUUCUCUGGUGUUUUAGUUUAUAUUAUACAAAGAAAUAUACUCAUAGAAUAUACGUAUAAUUCCUAACAAAUGACUGUUUGUAUGCUAAGAGUCUGCUUGUCUGCUUGGUAAGAACUGU